AGGUUACUGAGUUUUCAUUGGUUGGGCGCGUUGUCGUCUUAGCUCAGUGAGGCCGAGAUUUCCGGAGGCGCGUGGGUUCGCAGUUCCAGUUUUGCUUGGUGGGUCCAACCCAGGUUGUUAACGCAGAUGGCUCAGAAACCGCUGCGCCUCUUGGCAUGUGGAGAUGUCGAAGGAAAGUUUGAUGCUUUAUUCAAUAGAGUUCGAGCGAUUCAGAAGAAAAGUGGAAACUUUGAUCUGCUGUUGUGUGUAGGAAAUUUCUUUGGCUCUACUCCAGAUGCUGAAUGGGAAGAAUAUAAAACUGGUGUCAAGAAAGCUCCUAUUCAGACAUAUGUGCUGGGUGCCAAUAACCAGGAAACAGUGAAAUAUUUCCAAGAUGUUGAUGGGUGUGAAUUAGCUGAAAACAUUACUUAUCUGGGUCGUAAAGGUGUCUUCACUGGAAGUUCAGGACUACAGAUUGUGUACCUCAGUGGGACAGAGUCCUUAAAUGAGCCUGUCCCAGGUUACAGUUUCAGUCCCAAGGAUGUGUCUUCCCUAAGGACAAUGCUGCGUUCAACACCCCAGUUUAAGGGUGUUGAUAUCUUGCUCACAUCCCCGUGGCCCAAGUAUGUGGGGAACUUUGGGAAUUCUUCUGGAGAAGUGGAUACCAAAAAAUGUGGCUCUGCUUUGAUCUCCAGUCUUGCCACAGGCUUGAAACCAAGAUAUCAUUUUGCUUCUUUGGAAAAGACCUAUUAUGAGAGGCUUCCAUAUCGAUUCGUGAUCUCAUUUUUUCCUAACGGCAGCCCUGGGAAAAAUCACAUUGUUCUACAGGAAAAUGCACAGCAUGCCACCAGGUUUAUAGCUCUGGCAAAUGUUGGAAAUCCAGAAAAGAAAAAGUAUCUUUAUGCAUUCAGUAUUGUUCCUAUGAAACUAAUGGAUGCAGCAGAACUGGUAAAACAGCCACCAGAUGUCACUGAAAACCCGUACAGAAAAUCUGGGAAGGAAGCAUCCACAGGAAAGCAAACUCCUGCCCCUGAGGAAGAAUCAGCCUGCCAGUUUUUCUUUGAUUUAAAUGAAAAGCAGGGAAGGAAGCGUUCAUCUACAGGCAGAGACAGCAAGUCUUCUCCUCACCCAAAGCAGCCUCGCAAACCUCCUCAGCCUCCAGGACCCUGCUGGUUUUGCCUUGCCAGCCCUGAAGUGGAAAAGCAUUUGGUGGUCAACAUUGGCACACAUUGCUACCUUGCCCUGGCCAAAGGAGGCUUAUCUGAUGACCAUGUCCUCAUUCUGCCCAUUGGACACUACCAGUCAGUGGUGGAGCUUUCAGCAGAGGUGGUAGAAGAGGUGGAGAAGUACAAGGCUACAUUGAGGAGGUUCUUUAGGAGUCGAGGCAAACGCUGUGUUCUAUUUGAGAGGAAUUAUAAAAGCCAUCACCUGCAGCUACAGGUUAUUCCUGUGCCGCUCAGCAGCUGUGCUACUGAUGACAUUAAAGACGCCUUCAUCACUCAGGCACAGGAGCAGCAGAUAGAGCUCCUGGAAAUCCCAGAGCACUCAGACAUCAAGCAGAUUGCACAGCCAGGAGCAGCAUAUUUUUAUGUUGAACUUGACACAGGAGAGAAACUUUUCCACAGAAUUAAAAAGAAUUUUCCUUUGCAGUUUGGAAGGGAGGUCCUGGCUAGUGAAGCUAUCCUUAAUAUUCCUGACAAGUCUGACUGGAGGAAGUGUCAGAUGAGUAAGGAAGAGGAGGAGACUCUAGCUCGCCGCUUCCGGAAAGACUUUGAGCCCUUUGACUUCACCGUGGAUGAUGACUGAGUAAAGGGAAAAAGCACUUGAUGAACUUCACAGGGUAUAAUAGCAGCCUGCUUUUUAGGAAACAACAGUCUCCCAUGGGGACUGUUUCCCUGCCUCUUUUUGUGUAUUCCCAUGGAACCUGCCUGUAGCAAGAGGCCUAAGAUUGAAUAUUUUUUUGGAAAAGUCAUAUUUUAGGAUGAAGAUCUUACGUUAAAAGCAUAUCUGUCAUCCAGUUCCAAGUAGAGCUUAUGUUUGUCAACAUUUUCAAAAAUAUUUAAACUUAUAAAAUCCAAAUGCUUUUUCAUGGUU